CGGCGAGCGCGCGAGCAGGGCCAGAGCCGGCCUGGGAGCCUGCGGAGCCGAGCGCAGCGAGCGGAGGAGCGCCUGGGCGGCGGCGGCGGCGGCAGCGGUAGCGUGCGAGAUGGCUCCGGCCGCGGACCGCGAGGGCUACUGGGGUCCCACGACGUCCACGCUGGACUGGUGCGAGGAGAACUACGCGGUGACCUGGUACAUCGCCGAGUUCUGGAAUACAGUGAGUAACCUGAUUAUGAUUAUACCUCCAAUUUUUGGUGCAAUUCAGAGUGUUAGAGAUGGACUGGAAAAGCGGUACAUUGCUUCUUACUUAGCACUCACAGUGGUAGGAAUGGGAUCCUGGUGCUUCCACAUGACUCUGAAAUAUGAAAUGCAGCUAUUGGAUGAACUCCCAAUGAUUUAUAGCUGUUGUAUAUUUGUGUACUGCAUGUUUGAAUGUUUCAAGAUGAAGAACUCUGUAAACUACCAUCUGCUUUUUAUUUUAGUUCUAUUCAGUUUAAUAGUAACCACAGUUUACCUUAAGGUAAAGGAGCCUAUAUUCCAUCAGGUCAUGUAUGGAGUGUUGGUCUUCACAUUAGUACUUCGAUCUAUUUAUAUUGUUACAUGGGUUUAUCCAUGGCUCAGAGGACUGGGUUAUACAUCCUUGGGUAUAUUUUUAAUGGGAUUUCUAUUAUGGAACAUAGAUAACAUCUUUUGUGAUUCACUGAGGAACUUUCGAAAGAAGGUGCCACCUAUCAUAGGUGUUACCACACAGUUUCAUGCAUGGUGGCAUAUUUUAACUGGCCUUGGUUCUUAUCUUCACAUCCUUUUCAGUUUAUAUACAAGAACUCUUUACCUGAGAUACAGGCCAAAAGUAAAGUUUCUCUUCGGAAUCUGGCCAGUGAUCCUGUUUGAGCCUCUCAGGAAGCACUGAUGAAUUAUUCCACCAAGAAAACAAAAAAGCACCUACCAUAGACCUGGCCAAAUGAAUAAGCAAAUCCUUAAAGAUCUACACAUUCAAAUGUAUUAUGACCAUCGGAGUAAAGGAGUGACUUUCUGAGUAAUGCUGCCGGUCACACAGAGAAUAAGGAAUGGGGCUUGUUGGAUGUUUAGCUUGUGUCUUUAUCUCAUUGUUCUUCUCCUCCUCACCCUCACCCUAAGAUGUUU